AUGGAGCCGGGGAUAGGAAGACAUUCUAUAGUAAAGCCACCCCCUCCAGUUGUAGGCCAUGUGAGCCAUCAUAAUAUUGAACUGAGUUGGAACUUAGAAGAACAACGAAAAGGUCCUCAAGAGCAAUGGCUAAAAUUUUCAGUUGAAGGAGAAGAUCCCAAGUUGCAUAAAUAUGGUCUGAUUUACACGGGAUAUGCCCGACAGCAUGUUGUGGAAGGUCUUGAACCUAGAACAACGUAUAGAUUUCGACUUAAAGUCACAGAUCCUAAAGGAGAAUCUGUUUAUAGUUCACCUAUUUGUGUAACUACAACAAGUGAACCAAUGAGUGGAGAACAGCUCCACCGUGCUGUAAGCAGAAAUGAUUUAGAGGAUGUUAUUCAUAUUCUUCAAGGAAGGCAAACUGUAGUAAAUACACUCAAUAAACUAGGAUUUUCAGCAUUGAUGGUUGCUUCACAAAAAGGAUAUACAAGCCUUGUACAGGUUUUGGCAGAAAAUGGAGCAGAUGUGAACCUGAAAAAUACCAGUGGAAAAGAUAGUUUAAUGAUAGCUUGUUUCGCUGGUCACCUGGAUAUUGUCAAGUAUCUCAGAUCCCACGGAGCUUCCUGGCUAAGCAGGGAUUUUGGUGGAUGUACAGCUAUGCAUUGGGCUACGGAUGGAGGUCACUGUGAUGUUAUUGAUUGGAUGAUCCAGGAUGGCUGUGAGGUUGACUCAAGAGAUUCUGGCUUGGAAUGGACUCCACUAUUGAGAUUAUGCACAUUAUCAGGAAAAACAGAUGUAGCCACACUUUUAAUAAAUGCUGGAGCUGAUGUGAACGUAAAAGAUAAGGAUGGGAAGACACCUCUGAUGGUGGCAGCUUUAAAUAAUCAUGAAGAUUUGGUUGCAUUAUUAUUAGAGAAGGGAGCAGAUCCUGAUAUUAAAAAUGAGUUUGGUAAGGGUGCUCUGGACAUGGCCAAAGGCUUGAACAGACAGAGUGUGGUUUCAAUAAUAGAAGAAAAGAAAAAGCAAUUAAGCAAUACAGCUGUUGAUCUUGCAUCUUCCCCAUUAUGUGAAGAAAGUGCAUCUUAAUCUUUUUUUCCCAGGAAGGUGAGACUAUGAAGAUUGAUUUCUGCUUGUUUGCUUUUUUCCUGUAAGUUUUUUUUUAAUCAUUCUUGGACACUUUGAUUAAAAUGCUUCCUUCUUGAGGAUUUUCUCUGGCAUUUUACAUUUAUCUGAAUUUCAAAACUGUCUUUCUUUAAUGAUCUUUUUACAGUAAUAACAUGUUUUUCUAUCCUUUGGAGAUUGAUUUUAAAACCCAAAUGCUAGUUAUAAUUAGCACAACUCAGUAUGGAGUUUGUCACAUGAUACGUCCUGCUUGAAUUUUUCACUAGCUGGAUAGGAACCACGGAAUCAGGGCAUUUUAACUCUUUUCUCAACCAUGAAUCUGAUUAAUGUCAAUGAAAACAUUUUCUGUUUGGAAAGUAGAUUCUAUUAAAGGUAUAUGUCUAGAGCAAAAUAAAUAAAUCACCCUGCUCCUGCUCCUAUCAUAUGCUUAUUCCUCCCGCCCCUCCCUCAGCUACCUGGAUCCUCUGUUUUUUCAAGAAUCAAGCAGCUAAGGACAAACUGUAAGAACCAGUUUAUUAAAGCAACCAAUGUCAGGGAGUUGCAGUGCAGGGUUUUAGUGUAACAGGUUUUCUGCAAUGGAACACGCUGAGAAUAACAAUUGACAAAGUAGGAAAUAACUCAUGGUCAGGAUCUUGAACAUAAUC